UCCCUCACUCACAUUGGAGGAGCUGGAGGAACAACGACUAGGAUAUAGGUGCGCCGUGCUCGCGCGCACGCGCGUUUAGCUGUCAGAAGGCGGGUGCGGAUUGGAUCCCGGCGUGUAGAAGCCGGUCAUGGCGGCUGCUGUUUUGGACUCUCCGGAGCGACCGGAGGAGCCUCUGUUGGGCUCCCACGAUGAAGGCAGCAGAUGCAGUGAUGUUAUGGAAACACUACCACACUACAGUAGCCGGUGGAGAGCCAUUCGGAUAAUGUACCUUACAAUGUUCUUCAGUAGUGUUGGAUUUUCAAUUGUCAUUAUGUCAAUAUGGCCCUAUCUACAACAGGUAGAUAAAACUGCAGACGAAAGCUUUCUUGGCUGGAUUAUUGCUUCAUAUAGCAUUGGUCAAAUGAUUGCUUCCCCCUUCUUCGGAGCUUGGUCCAAUUAUCGGCCAAGAAGAGAGCCCCUUGUAGUUUCAACUGCUAUUUCGGUGGCCGCCAACUGCCUCUAUGCCUAUGUCCAUUUACCUGCUUCACACAAUAAAUACUACAUGCUGGCUGCUCGAGCUCUGGUGGGAUUUGGUGCAGGAAAUGUAGCAGUAGUGCGGUCAUAUAUUGCUGGUGCCACUUCCCUUACUGAAAGAACGAGUGCUAUGGCAAACACAAGUGCUUGCCAAGCAGUGGGAUUCAUUCUGGGACCAGUUUUUCAGACACUUUUUACAUUCAUUGGAGAGAAAGGAGUCUCAUGGAAAAUCAUUGAACUCCAGCUGAACAUGUACACAGCACCAGUUCUUUUCGGAGCUCUCCUAGGAAUUAUAAACAUUAUUCUGAUAUUUGCUGUAUUUAGAGAAUAUCGUGUAGAUGACAUGGGACGACCACAGAGCAGCAUUAACUAUGAAGCAGAAGAAACCGAUAAUGAGAGUCAACAGAAUCAAGGAAGCAUUGACCAUGUCGCUGUCAUAUCAACGAACAUUCUUUUCUUUGUCAUCUUAUUUGUUUUUGCAGUCUUUGAAACUAUAGCUACACCAUUUACAAUGGAUAUGUAUUCUUGGACAAGGAAAAAAGCAGUGUUUAUCAAUGGAAUAAUCCUGGGUGCAAUUGGCAUUGAGUCAGUCAUCGUCUUUUUAUCAGUUAAAGUACUUUCUGAAAGGACUGGUGAACGUGCUAUACUUUAUGGAGGCCUAGUGAUCAUCUUGGUUGGAUUCCUUGUCUUACUACCUUGGGGAAAUCAGUUACCUAAUAUCCAGUGGGAAGACUUAAAAAAUAAUACUAUUCCAAAAGUGACCUUCAGCGAAAGUCUUGCAUUUUUCUGGACAGUGCAGACAGAGCUUCCAUCCAAUACUACUGGUGAAACAACAGGGUGCCCUAUUAUACAGUCCUGGUGCCUCUAUACUCCAGUAAUCUACCUGGGACAGUACAUCACUACAGUCAUUCUAAUAGGGCUGGGUUAUCCAACCUGUAAUGUCAUGUCAUAUACUUUAUAUUCAAAAAUCUUAGGACCAAAGCCUCAGGGUAUCUACAUGGGCUGGCUAACUGCCUGUGGAAGUGGUGCACGUAUACUCGGCCCAGUGUUUGUCAGCCAACUCUAUACUCACUUGGGACCCCGCUGGGCAUUUGGCCUAAUCUGUGGAAUUGUUGUUCUUUCUCUCUUACUCUUGGAAGUGGUGUACAAGAGACUUGUUGCAUUUUCUGUCAGAAACGAGAUGCUACAAGAGGAGAACUCUUAGCUGUGGAUAAUUAUUGAUCAGUUCUAUUUUGUUGCAAACAGCGUGUGGUAUUGGUAAUAUCUAAGGACCAUUUGCGGACCAGUGCACUACUAUGUAUAUACUCUAUAUAGUAGUAUGAAAGAGCUACAGGAGUGCCCCAUUAAUUAAGGUGAGUUGCACAAAACAAAAGCCACUAAUAUAAGCUGAUAAAUGUUUAUCAAUUAUCAAUUGAGCUAAUCAUGUAGCUAGGCAUCUGAUCUACCUAAUGAGGCCAGCUGUUCUGUAAAAUUUCAUGCCGAUCCAGGAAAAUUUGCCACUGUACAGCGACUGAAAAGGGGAUGAAAAUGGACACUUGUCCAUCUUAUCCAAGCUGUGGCUUGGCAUAUUAUAGAUUUCUUUCCUAAUUUGGUGAAAACUAUUGAUGCAUGUUACUCAGGUGUCAAGAAUAUAUGCCUGUCUUGCUUUGAUGGUGCUUGGAGUAACCAUUCAAAAGUUAUUAGGGGUUUUUUCUUAUGUAAAGUGAGAUUACAUGGUACUUCACAGAUUGGGAGCCUAACAUGGUAGAGUGGGAUUGUAGGGGACAUGUUGGGAGACAAAUCCUUCCCCCUGCCUGCUGUGGUUACCAUCUGGAUCAGGCUUCCACGCUUCCAGUUUACAUUGCCAAACGACAUCCAGUUAUAAUACAAAUCACAGGCAAAUGGAUACCCCUCAUGUACCACACUAGACUCCUGAUCCAUAGGAGAAAAAGGGGAAAACCCUAGCUACAUGAAAAUGGCAUGCAAUUUUACCAUCAGAGAAUUUGGUAGGGGUGGGGAUGGAAUGCACAAUUGUGGGGAGCAGAAAGAACAGGGCUUCAUGGCACUUUUCUGAAGGCAGAAAUGCAAUAUAAGGGUCCUAAUCUUUGUUCUUACUUUCUGUGGGCUGGGAAAAGGACAUGAAAGGAUCAGGGCUCUUGCAGAAUGUCUGUGCUUACAUGUAUGAACACUUGGUAAGAUGGUUGUGGGAAUCCAGCCCUAAUCAGCCAUUCUUAUUAUUUGUAAACUCUACACUUGAGGAAGGAAAGCAGGGGAUAAGCACACUAAGUCCACCCUGGCCCAUACCAUUCCCAUGAUUUUCUGCAUGUUGUGGGCUGCUGUCUACAGAAAGCCACCUCCUCUGUCCUCUCCCCAAGACUUUAGGAUCUUGAUUCUUGAAAUCAUUACUGUUGAUUAAGUAUCUAUAAAUCCACUUAUCACAAAAGUAAACUUGUAAAAAGCAGAUUCACAAAGGUUAAGAAGAAGAUUCGACUGCCAACAUAAUUACAAAUUUAAUUUUCAUAAAUAGAGAAAAUCAGCUGGUUUAAAAGGGAUUUAAAGCUAUCUCAUGUGGGUUUAUGUGCCACAAUAUUAAGGAAUCUAGUAAGGUAAAUGUGAUCAAUAAUGAUGCAGUGCAAUCCUACUGUUGUAUUCAAUUAUGUAACUUAUCCUCCAUGUACUCUCACCUUUCCUUAAAUUUUUAGUAGUUUGUUUAGCAUACUACUGAUAAAAUACUGAAAGCGAUAGGCCUUUAUGACAAAAGGCUUUUUAAAAAAUGGGUUUGGCACAUAAAGUUUCAAGAGAAGGCAUUAGUCCUAAUUCUAUUUACUGUAGCACUGGUAUACUUAAAAAAAAAACACCUUGAUUCUGUGAAUCAGGCCUUAUUUUUUUUUUUUUAAACCGAAGUCGAAAAAGUUUUGUGAUAUGCACUUUUAUUAAUAGACUACCUCUUCUAAACGUCAAUGAAUAAUUUUUACCAUUAAUUAGUAAAAUCCAACCUAAGCAAUAAAAUGUUCGUGUAUCCUUUAGCAUGUUCUUGUGUUCAUCCAUAGGCAGAAUAUUUUAUGCAAAGGAAAUUGUUCAUUUAGGAUUAAUUUUUAGUCUUCAGUCUGUGUGAAUUGAAUAUUUAUGUAGCGAGACUUCUGAGAGGGGUAAUCGGCAAUAAUUUAUUAUAUGUCAUCUUUCUAUGUUCCUUAUUUGCUGCUGCUGAAUGGCCCUGAAUAUAUUUGCUUUACAGCUCCAGCCAACAGAUGACACACGCUUUUGAUGCACUUACUAAUUCAACUACACAGUCUAAGCAGCACUUAAGCUGCACCAGUGAGUUUUUACAAAUAUAGAAAUAACUGCUUUACUGAGUUGCGUUGUCAUGAAUGUUGUCUUGUUAAAUAUUGACCAUAGCUUCUGUAAUUUAGAUUUCAUUAUACAAACUUGAGGCUAGUUGAUCUCUUUUUAUUCCUGGAUAAUUGUAGUAAGGAGGGUUACUUAAACCAUAAUCUACCAUUCUUCAUUGCUGAUAAAGUUUUCAGAGUUACCUCAAAGUUUCAUAAGCCAAAAAAAAAAAAAAAAUCACUACAGUUCUACAAAUGCUGAAACAGCCGAGCCAAUGAGUUGUAUCCAGUGUUAGUCCUGUUAGACCUUUUAAAUAGACAAAUUACACUAAUGUGGGAUACAUCCCAGUAUUAUAAGUGCUUCAGUACAACAAAUAACAGAAGAAAAUGAUUUGGUUUAGGGUUUUUAUGCAGUUUAUGUGUGGUAUGAAACAGCCUUUAGUUAAUGCAAGGACACCUUGGAAGCUAUCCUCUGUUAGUGGAAAGAAUGUAAGUACCCUUCUUCAUAAAGUGAAGUUAUUUUACAAAGGUAAAUGAGAAUUAUAAAGGGCAUGUGGAAGAAAAUGAAAUCACAAGGCUCAGCCUGGUCAAUGGGAAAUGUGCAUAGAAAGCACUGUGGCAGGCUCAAAUAAUUAUUUAAAGGGUAGUUUGUUUCUGUACAUGCUUUAUUUUUUAUAUUUGUGCCUGUUUUUCCUGUUUAUGUUUUUAAAUUUUGUUAACUGCCCAGAGAGCCUCUGGGCAGUAUAAAAAUAAAAUAAAUACAUGUCUUGUGGAAAAAGUCAGACUUCUUUUUGUAACUGCUUGCUUCAUAGGAAAGAUUCAAGAGAUGUUGUGAGGAACGUUGGUUCAUUUCAAGGGUUUCUGUAUCUCCUCUCUUUCUUAGUAGUAGAGUAAAAGUCCCCUCUUCUUUGGAGCAAUCCCUUGGUGGUGGAGAGUAUGUGCAACACUGGUAGAUUGUCUCCAUCUAGGACUCCUUGAUUGGGAAGCAUGUAGCCUUUCCUCAGCUUAAGCUACAGCUCAUUCAAACUGAUGUCCCAACUAGCACAUUCCAAGUUGGAUACACUAACCUGUCUGUAUUUGCAAGUAUAAGCUCUAAAGCUAUAAACAUCUAAAAACCUGUUUCUUUGCUAAACUUUUACCUUAAUGGUUUGAUUUAAGUCUCUAGGAGAAAAACUAUCCUUUCCCUUAGGAGGAGGAAUAACUGGAGAAAAGCUUGUGCAAGAAAUUGUGAAGACUGCUGGUGUAGAUGUCCAGUUUGAAAAUACUUAAUUGCAGCUCACAUCUAAACCAAGUCACUCUUUGUCCUGAUCAACAAUUCUAUUUUAGGAAGCAGAAGUUGUAAAUGUCCAAAAAGGCUAUUACUAGGAGCACUGGAAAUGUCAAAAUAGCAACUAAUAUUUAAUUGCUUUGCUAUUUUCAUUACUCCUAAUAAAGGUUCUGCAGCUAUUAAAUUUCUCCCAGUGAGCCAACGGUGUCAUGCGUGUAGUGUGUCACUUAAAAAGCAGAGGUUGCAGAUAGCUGUAGCUACAGGAUUUAUUCAUGUAACAGCAAACCAUGACAUAGCAUUACAUGUGAACUGAACCUAUUCUACUCAAUUAGCAAAAAUCCAGGGUGUACGGAAGUGUACAAAUACUUCGAUUGUUACUGCAGAAGUGCAGUUUUAUUGUUCAAACUAGUAUCAGUAUCCUAGAAGAGUAUAUCCAGGCAUUUGUGUUAAAUAAAGCAAGGGAUCUAAACAGUUACCACUGCAUUUAU